CAUCAUUCGUUCAUGUCACGACAAAAACAGCGGCCCGUCCGCCUUUUUCCGCUCGUGUGUCUGUGUGUCCGUCGGUAUGUGUGUGUCCCUCUUUCGCGCACACACACAGCCACCACGCCAUCCAUCAUGACCUCACUUCAUUUCAUGGCUCGCUCGUCCAUCUGUCAUGUCUAUCGAAAAACCGCCACCCGCCCGCCCCACUGCCAUCAAUGCACGCGCCGGCCGAUGGCAGCCAGCUGCCGUCGCCACUGCUGCAUUCACAGACGUCGCCAUCAACACCGCGUUUACAGGCCCUCGGGGAACUGACACACACACACACACACACACACACACAGGGAGAGAGAGGGAGAGGGAGAAGGAGAGGGAGAUAUAUCAUGAACGUCUCUGUGUGUCUGUGUGGUGUGGGUGUGCUCACAAAUUUCUGCAAUCCCGUCCCUGCCGGAAGGCGGUAGCCCGGACCGAGGCCGAAACCUUCACCUGCACACCAAGCCACGCCACGCCACGUCACACACACAACACGCGCACACACGUACAUUCAAAGUCUCUCUGUGUGUAUGUGUGUGGGUGUGUGUGUGUCGUUUGCGCGCACCGAUUUGUUCGAGCAGGCCUUCGCCGGUGACGGCUGCCUGGAGCAUCAUGCCGAUGAUGGCGAUCAUCGCCAGGCGGCCGUUCUUGAUCUCACGCACCUACAGAUAAAUCAGAUACACGACACACAUGACAUGACACGGACAGACAAUGGAAUGAUGCGAUCCAGCCACCGUCCCGUCCACCAUAUGACAUUCCAUGAGCAAGGUACCUACCUGCAUUCGGUAGUACUCGUCCUCGUCGAAUGCGAACCCGAAAGGGUUCCACCUGCCCUCGCCCUGACCGAGACCUAAGUCGCCCGCCUCCUUCUCGCCGCGAACCACACUGAUCCGCCCACACACACACACGCGUCAAUCCAUCCAUCCAUCCAUCUCUGCGUGUCGUGGCUGCGCUGCCUACCGUCUGAGUCGGAAGAACUCGAUGGCCGAGACGGUGCCGGCGAUCUGCCAGAGGCCCUCCUUGGGCACGGUCGUCAGGGCCUUCCAAGGGUUGGUCUCGGCGAACGCAUCCACACCAACCUGCACGAGUCAGUCAACAAAACACACACACAUCGAGACACACACGUCGAUGGGCGCGACUGGGCGAAUCCACACGCAGGGCCACGUACGUACCGCCGCGUUGCCGGGGAGGUGCCAGAUCUCAGGGAAGAUCCACCCGAGGGCGGCAAGCAUCGCCACCCGCGAAUGCACCAACUCGGCCUCUCUGUACCUGCAUUCACAGCCACACACACACAGCCACGCGUGCACCACACCGCGCCCACGAUCUGAUGCGUCACGUCAACCCACCACUUGAGGGACCGUUCGUCGCCCCCGAUGAGCCAGGUGCGUGGGAGGUUGUUUGAGAAGCCGACGGGGUCGAAGCCGAAGUCACCCGGGAGGCUGCCGUCGAGGUUGGGCGGCCGCUUGUCCAUCGGCAGGGCCAAAGAGCGGUCGGACUCACCCCUGCAGUAGGGGGGUCAGACAGACAGACAGACAAACAGACAGAGGUCGCAGGGAGCAAAAUGAUGAGAUGAGAGAUGACAGGAGAGAAGAUUGUGUGGAGCAAUAUCUGUCUGUCUGUCUGUGUAUGUGUGUUGGAUGUCUGUGUGUGAGCGUACAUCUCGGCCAUCGAGGGCCGCGUCAGGGAUUUCCGCAGAGGGGAGUCUGCACAAGCAGCAGCGCACAACAAACACAGACACAACAGGCAGGAAAUGAAACGGUGACCGUUCACAGAUCCUGACAGUACACGUGUCGUGUGUUUGUGCACGUAUCGUGCAACAGCUUUCGAGAAAGAAGCGCUCUGCAUCUCAUGCAUCUUUUUGCCUGCGUACCCCUCUUAAGGACGCCCUGCGGCACGAACGCAUUUGCGCACACGGCAAGCAGGGCAACGGCCGCCACCACCUUCAUCAUCGUGACACACACACUCGAACUCCAACCGACCAAACGCG